GCGGAUGGUGACGCGGGUUGACGUCAAGCUUGCAAAAUCAAUCUUCACUCACCUCUCAUCCAAACCACUCAUCCAACCAAACCAAUUUCAACUCAAUAUGUCUGACACUGGACGUCAAUCUUUCACCGACAAGGCCGGCGCCGCCCUGAAGCCCGACAGCCAGAAGUCGACGACCGAGCAACUCGGAGACCACCUUAAGGGCACCGGAGACUCUCUCGGGUCGACACUCCAGCCCCAGUCGGAGAAGAGCACCGCGCAGAAGGCCGGUGAUGCGCUCUCUGGCAACCAGAACAACAACAACGAGUCGCUCAUGAACAAGGCAAAGAACGCGAUGGGUCUCGGCGAGAAGUAGAUCUCAAGAUUUAUCUCAUCUGGGCAAACUGUAACAAUGUACUCUAUUCGUGAUCCACAAUGAAUAUCUGUAUCAUCUUGACUAUUGCGUGGACCACUCCUGCAACACCUCCACAU